UGUAACACUUAAGAGAAAAACUUCUUUCUCUGUCUCUCACACUCCCCACUCCCUGCUGUGAACAGGACCGGGCUGAAGCCAAUAACAGUUUAGAGAACAAUCAAAGGCAUCAUGGGUGACUUUGUUGAAGGGUGGAGCUACUCCUUUGCAGAUUACAAUGGCUCCCACCUGAACGACACUGACUGGGAGUACACACUAGAUUCUGGGCUUGGGCCGCUGCAAUACUUCGUCAUGGUGGUGUACAGCCUGAUAUUCUUGCUGGGGGUCCCGGGGAAUGCAGUGGUCAUCUGGGUGACGGGCUUCAAGAUGAAGCGCAGUGUGAACACUGUCUGGUUCCUGAACCUGGCCUGCGCGGACCUGCUGUGCUGCCUGUCCCUGCCCCUGAUGAUCUCCUGGGUGGCUGAGGAUCAUCACUGGUCCUUCGGAGCCCUGGCCUGCAAGCUGAUCCCGGGCAUCAUCCUGCUCAACAUGUUCUGCAGCAUCUUCCUCCUGGUGGUGAUCAGCGCAGACCGCUGCCUCCUGGUGGCCGUGCCGGUGUGGUGUCAGAACAGGAGGCGGCCCGCUGUGGCAGGCUGGGUGUGCGUGGCGGUCUGGGGGCUCUCGCUGCUAGCCACCAUUCCCUUUUUCGCCCACCGCAAGGAAGUGACUGAUGACCUCAGCACCAAAAUCCUCUGCAAUCCCGACUACUCCAGCUUGAAUGAGGACGCCAAGGCAGCUGAACUGGGGAUCACUGUGUACCGAUUCAUUGUUGGGUUCCUGGUCCCGUUCGCUGUCAUAACCGGCUGCCACGUCUUUAUCUUGUCCCGGGUGAGCGGCGGGGAGAGGGCCAGCGGGAGGAAGUCUCAGAAGACCCGACGUGUGAUCUGUGCCGUGGUGUUGACAUUCUUCAUCUGCUGGCUCCCCUACAACAUCCUGGGGUUCAUCCAAGUUCUCACCCCUCCCAACUCUCAUCAGCUAGCCCACAUUCUCACAGCUGAUCUCUUCUGCGUCUGCCUGGCCUACCUCAACAGCUGUCUCAACCCUCUGCUCUACGUUUGCAUUGGCCAGGAUUUUAAAGACCACGUACGCAAGUCCCUGAAGAGCAUGAUGGAGAACAUCUUCGCAGAGGACUCCCCCCAAAGUUACUCCAACACCUACAGCCGCUCCAGCAGAUCAUCCAUUUCAGAGAAGGUGCAGCAUUCUGUGGUCUGAACAGUAACGUCUUCUUCCGUUGAGGGCAAGAUACUGGGUACACCAGUUCUCCACCCUCUCCUCUAUAUUCCAAAUCCAACUCUCCAGCAAGUGGAAUGCAGGUUUCAUCUGCUGAAAACCUGUGCCACUUCUGGAGUAUCUAAACACAAGCUAAAAAUGACUACUCGUGCCUUUCAGAAUUAGUAGCUAACAAAAUAUUUCCAUAAGUCUUACCUGUUUUGUACUUCUGUUUGCUGCAUUGGUCUCAAAUGUGUGAUGUGAAAGAUUUUACUUUUGCACUACCUCUCUCAGGCCCAUCUCUGUAGCUGUUAGUGUGUCAGGUCUCAAAUCUCCAAAUCACCAUUCACCUUUGUUUUGACUCGCCUGCCAUGUGAGAAUGUGGCUGGACUAGGUUAAGACUGACCUGAUUUGGAGGGGAACUUUAAAUCACUGGGAGAAUGUGUUCAGGCUAAAUUUGGAUAAUUGAAUUUAGCCUAGCCACAAAAAAAAGUCACCAGGAUGUGAGGACUGAGAGAGUGAUUCGAAACAAGAACAAAAACAAAACGAGAACUAAAUUGCUUCCUAACUAGCAGUAGCUUUUUGAAAAAUAUUUGUAUGUGUUUUUUUUUUUUUUUUGUAUCAUUAUUAUUGUUUUGUGCUUAGU